CUUCCGUCUCCAGUCGACCUGCGAUUCUUCUAUGGGGCGGACUCCACCGCGGCUAGGCAUUGUCGCUGCUAACUCAACGCUCCUUUCACGUCCUCCUCUAUCUACCUACUCCGUACUAUCCCCUUAAUAACUACUGGUUGUCGUCGAUCAGUCUCUUCCGUCCCGGCUUCCGUGCGGUAUAGAAUGAAUGUCCAUCUAAUUGAGAUCCAAAGCGGGUUCUAACAGGAUCUUCCCGAUCCGCAUCAUGACCGAUUAUACAGUCAAUCCUUUAGAAGUGAGAGGCUCUGAAAACACUCCCAAUCGCUAUUAUUCGAGACAACCCGAACCGAUGUCGUUAGACAGCCCGGAGCUGUCAUCGCCGCUUCCGUCCCCGUCUUUGACAAGGGAAGACGCCGACAGAGCGGAUGUAGCAAAUGAAGGGGAGGAUCAGGUGGAUGGUACGCAGAUUACAAGAGGAGUGAGAGGGACCCAUCACGAAGCAAAGGGAAAGUCGCGUGCAGAACACGCCAGCGGUUCUUGGGAGGAGGAAAUGGGGAAUAUCAGUCGCCCCGGCAAACCAGCCUCAUUAAGCCUUCGACAGCCAAAUGACGCAACGGUGAACCAGCAACAUCCCGGAAGCCGAAAGUCACAGACUCCAAUUCUGGGAUCCUCUGCUUCGCCUCGCCGCCCAAGCGUGCAAUUUACUCAAGACACUCCCGAUGUCGACACUGCCAACCAAUCUCAAUCAAGACCCCCGUCUGUUAAAGGCGAUGAGGUGGAUUUGGGCCUUAAAGGGAAACAAUCUUUACUUACGAAGUUGAAGUCCUUCGCAGCCUCGCCGUCGUUCACUUCCCACACUCGCUCAGCCAGUGGUGCAACUCUGAGCGAUUUCAGAACUACGAACAAUGACAUGGCUACUCCUGGCUCAGAGAGGGGGGAGUUCCGCUUCCCGAAUACCCUGGAAGAGGAGGGGAGCGAUAUUGAUGCCGACGCCGAGGAGAGUGCAGGGGAACAACGCGCCCGCCAGCAGAAGAAGAAAAAGAAGCAGCCACGUCGGCGGCAGCAGGACGACUCGAUGCCUCCAACGCAGCCAAAUACACCCAAAGUCACGAGUCGACCGUCGUUUCAUCUCCCAAGCUCGUUUGCUCCCUUCGAAAACUAUCGCCCGAAUUUUUUUCCACGAAGGGGCAGUACCGGUGAUUUUACACACCAACAUCGCGAAGGUGUCUCGGAGGACGAAGGUCGCGAUCGUUUGAACAAGGAUACUACGUGGAGACGGAGAAGCGCUUGGCUUGCCAAUGCCCGGGGGCUUACCUACAGCGGACGCCAACUGGAAACGCAAGCAAAUCCAGAGGAGAGAAGACCGAGCAACCUUAGACGGCUGACUGGUUUAGCUGGACCAUCUGACAAUGCAGAAGGGAUAGCACCUCCGUGGCGGCGUCACCGAACUGACCGUGGCUCUAGUCUCAGUGCUCAAAGAUGGCGGCAGAUAAAGGCGGGUCUCAAGUUGAUUGGACAGCGACGCAAGGUGGACAAUACAGUAGACCAUGCAAAAUCGGCAGAACUGUUGGCCGAGUUGACCUCCGGGGUGCCGGCCGCCUUGAUACUGGCUAGCAUGUUUCAGCGGGAUGAGCACGGCAGCAAGCGGAUUCCCAUCCUCCUCGAGCAGCUUAAAGUGCGUGUCACCGAUAGCAAGAUUGACUCCCAUUCCGGGGACCGCCAUCUCGUCUUCCGUAUCGAGCUUGAGUACGGUAGUGGUAUGACACGGAUGAAAUGGGUUAUUUACCGAACCUUAAGGGAUUUUGCGAAUAUCCACCUAAAGUACAAGCUGCAUUUUGGAACCCAAAAGUACAUUCAACUGCGAAACACCGAAGGCGGGCAGAACCUUCCGCGCUUUCCUCGAAGCGCGUUUCCCUAUCUUCGAGGCGUGCGCGGGCUGGAAAGUGACAUGGAGGAUGAAGAAGAUGACGGUGGCUAUGAGACAGCAGCAGAAGCCACUAGUGGUAACGAGCGGGCUGGGAAGAAGCCGCAGCAAGCGCAUCGCCGUUCGUCGGGUGGCUUAUCUCGGAGACAGUCAAACGCAACGAACCCUGAAGCGGAGGGUGCUGCUGGAGCCUCGGGACCUACGGAAGCAGGGCAAGCAAGUAAAAAAGAGAGCUAUCCAGAGAGGCAGCGGAAAAAGCUUGAGUCCUAUUUGCAGAAGUUGAUUCGAUUCCUUAUAUUCAAGCCCGAUAGUAAUCGCCUGUGUAAGUUCCUGGAACUGUCGGCCCUUGGUGUUCGUCUUGCAGCCGAAGGUAGCUAUCAUGGCAAGGAAGGCUUUCUGGUCAUUCAGUCAUCUAAGGGUCUUGAUUUCCGGCGGGCAUUGACUCCAGGCAUGGUGAAAAAGCGACACUCUCCCAAAUGGUUCCUUGUCAGACACAGUUAUGUUGUCUGUGUCGACUCCCCAGAGGAGAUGAACAUUUACGAUGUGUUCUUGGUGGACCCGUUCUUCAAACUCCAAACCCAGAAGGUCAGCUUAAGAAAUCAGAAGGCGAAGGAUUUUGCCAAAUCAGCGACGGAGUCAGCCAGACACCCACAACAUCAUACGUUGCGUCUUGAGAACUCGGAGCGCAGGCUUAGACUGCUGGCCAGAAAUGAGCGUCAGCUCCAUCAGUUCGAAGACUCUAUCCGAUUCAUGGUCAACAACACCCCGUGGGCAAGACCGAACCGGUUUGACAGUUACGCCCCGGUGCGACACAAGUGUUUCGCACAGUGGCUGGUGGAUGCGCGCGAUCAUAUGUGGGUUGUAUCACGGGCGAUCAACCAAGCGAAGGAUGUCAUCUACAUUCAUGACUGGUGGCUGAGUCCCGAGCUCUACAUGCGUCGACCUGCAGCCAUCAGCCAGAAAUGGCGUCUGGAUCGCCUCCUUCAACGGAAGGCCCGUGAAGGUGUGAAGAUCUUCGUCAUCAUGUAUCGGAACAUCAACUCCGCCAUUCCCAUUGAUUCGGAGUACUCCAAGUUUUCUCUUCUGGAUCUCCAUCCAAACGUCUUCGUGCAGAGGUCGCCGAACCAGUUCCGACAGAACACCUUCUUCUGGGCGCACCAUGAAAAGCUUUGCAUCAUCGAUCAUACCCUGGCUUUCGUAGGAGGAAUUGAUUUGUGCUUCGGGCGCUGGGAUACGCCACAGCAUCUCCUCACGGACGACAAACCCACCGGGUUUGAGACACCAGAUGGGCCGAAAGAUGCGGAUCAUUGCCAGCUCUGGCCCGGAAAGGACUACUCGAACCCUCGGGUGCAAGACUUCUACGACCUCGACAAGCCCUACGAGGAGAUGUACGAUCGCAAUGUGGUCCCAAGAAUGCCCUGGCAUGACAUCUCCAUGCAUGUAGUCGGCCAACCGGCUCGGGACCUCACUCGCCAUUUCGUCCAACGAUGGAACUACAUCUUGCGACAGCGGAAGCCCACUCGUCCCACGCCGUUCCUACUACCCCCGCCGGAUUUUGAACCAGCCGACCUUGAAGCCCUCGGUCUCGAUGGUACCUGCGAAGUGCAGAUCCUCCGGUCCAGUAGCAUGUGGUCGACUGGUACACCGGACAUUACGGAGCAUAGCAUAAUGAACGCCUAUGUGAAGUUGAUUGAGGAGUCGGACCACUUCGUGUACAUUGAGAACCAGUUCUUCGUUAGCACUUGCGAGAUCGAUGGUAGGAAAAUCGAAAACUCGAUCGGCGAUGCUCUCGUGGAACGGAUCACCCGGGCUGCAAAGAACAAGGAAGCGUGGCGGGCUGUAAUCGUCAUUCCACUGAUGCCGGGGUUCCAGAACACCGUGGACAGUGAAGGUGGAACGAGUGUACGUCUGAUAAUGAUGUGCCAGUAUCGCAGCAUUUGCCGUGGUGAGACGUCCAUCUUCGGCCGGCUACGGGCGUUGGGGAUCGAACCCGAAGACUACAUCCAGUUCUUCAGUCUUCGAACCUGGGGCAAGAUCGGUCCUCAGAAGCAGCUGGUCACCGAGCAGCUUUACAUCCAUGCCAAGUGCAUGGUCGUGGAUGACCGAGCCGCUAUUAUUGGGUCCGCAAACAUCAACGAACGCUCAAUGCUGGGGUCUCGAGACUCAGAGGUUGCAGCGGUCGUACGUGAUACCGACAUGAUAUGGUCCUCCAUGAACGGUCGCCCUUACCUCGUGGGACGAUUCCCACACACCCUCCGCAUGCGCCUCAUGAGAGAGCAUCUCGGCAUUGAUGUCGAUGAGCUGAUGGAGCACUCCAUGGCGACGGAGGAAGAGCUCCGCAGGAUUGAAAUCGCCGAAGAAGGGUCCAAACCCCCCGAAAGCCAGCUCGACUCGGAAUCUCUUAUGCUUGAGAAAAAGGACGAGAGGGACAUGAUUGAGCGUCGGCACCGCCUUCAAGACGAGUUCCUCUCCCGGUCUGAAGACAUGCAUAGUUUCAACCAUGACGUUGACUGGGAACAGGGAAACAAUCCAAACCUCAAGUCGAAUCGAAAGCUCACUGCCGAUCCGAGAGUGACCUCCAAUGCCGAGCACAAGAAGGAUGUGGACGGCUUUGGCCCAGACAAUCUUACCACGGCCCAGGGGGCUGGACUGGGCGAUGCCCGCGAUUCUGAGUUCAUGGGCGCGAAGACAGAGGUCUUGAUCUCUCCUAUUGCAUCGGAAGGCAAGGGCACUAUUCAACAGCCGAAACACCCAUUCCAACGCAAUGCCCAUCGAGAAAACGCCGCCGGCGAUAAAGAAGCUAAGCCGACUUUAAAAAAUAUCCUUGAUGAGCAGGGCAACGAGGCGAUGCCGGUCGUGGAGGGGCUGCCAACUGUUCGUCAUCCGGCACUGGCGUCGGAACAGGAGAUUGAGAGUAACAAUAGCGGUAACCUGGUGGCAUCGCGGGAUAAACAUGACCCUGUUAAGUCAGCGCAUCUGUUUGCCCCAGAUUUGAAGCAUAUCUUUAUCGACAAAGAUUGUAUGCGGGACCCUGUGAUCGACUGUUUCUAUCUGGAUACCUGGCAGGCUGUUGCGGAUAAGAACACCAAAGUCUACCGGAGUGUCUUCCGCUGCAUGCCAGACAGUGAAGUGAAAUCGUGGAAAGAGUACAAAGAGUAUGCCGCUUAUGCAGAUCACUUUGCCGAAAUGCAGAACCAACACAGUGCCAAAGCAUUCCAGCCCCCCGGCCAGAGGCAAACUGGGCCACCAGGGACAGGAGCUAGCGUUGCUGGAGCAGCAGCUGGGCUCAAGCACAACCUAUCGGUGCAUGUUCAGAGUACUGAUGGACAACAGAAGGAACAGUCACCCGUGGAACGGAGCGAGCCCCGGGUUGCAGAAUCGGGUCAAACUACAGACGCGCAACAUCCUGAACUCGCCAACCCUGAAGGUCUGCUGCCAUUAAACGAGAAAUCCACGACGAAGGUGGCAGAUGGGACGGCAGCGGGGAAUUUGCCGAAUGGACGACAUGAAGAAAGUGGCUCGUCCGGCGAGGAUCUGGAGAGACAGCGCUCUGAUCCUCCGCUCGUCGAUUAUUCCGAGGCCUUGAAUCGGAAUGCCACCGGCCAGUCUCGACGUCGCAGACGAAGAGCGACGACGCUCGGCUCGAAGCGGGAGUUCCAUGCGACCGAUGAGGUAAUGGACAAACAACGGGCAGAAGAACUCUUGAAUCAUGUACAGGGACAUUUAAUUCUGUGGCCCUAUGACUGGCUUGAGAAAGAGGAACAGGGCGGAAACUGGCUUUAUACACUGGAUCAGAUCUCUCCGCUGGAAAUCUACAACUAAACCUAUAUCCACCUGUACACUGUCCACUCGGAUCCCUUCUUUCCCUUGUUCCGCACUUGACACGGCAGACUUCUCUGGACUCGACGUAA